CUCUUUACCUCCCAUUCGAUCCUUUUGCAGAUGCACCAUUCAAUGGAUCAGCUGGACAUGCUGGACCCGACGGGCUCGAUGACAACGUUAGCCCCCAUAUCGGAGUCACCAUUAACGCCCACACAUCAGCACCUGCACGGUUCCUAUCACAGUAUGAAUCACAUGAUGAGCCACCACCAUCCGGGCACGUUAAGUGGCCACACGGCGGGGCACCAUGGACACUCAGCGGUACAUCAUCCUGUCAUAACGGCGGCCGUUGCAGCCGCUGGCCUGCAUCCCGACACAGACACCGAUCCGCGCGAGCUGGAAGCGUUUGCGGAACGAUUCAAACAGCGUCGCAUUAAGCUGG